AUGGCCACAGAAUCGUAUGAUGACCCUGUGGAGUACGAAAUAGAACGGCAAAACGAGAAGCUCAAAACCCUCAGUAGCCCGUCUGUCAUUCAAGACCUUACAGAUGACCAAGCUGGACGAAUUGCAGACCAGAGAGGCGCUCGACACCUCUUUAAUAAGUUCUUAAGCGCCUACCGUCAACGGGCCAUCCUUCUCAGGGAAGAAAUAUGUGCAGUGGAUUCUGAUGACGAGUCACUUUCUGGCAGUCAGACACACAAUGUUUUUCGGUUCCUUGAUCUCCCAGUUGAGUUGCGCAUCAUGGUGUAUGAAAUACACUGUGCUGAAUAUAGGAGAGCUUACCGCAUCAGUGAAGAGUAUUAUCGGAAGAAAAUAGGUGGUAUACAGGGUCCUCUGUACAAGAGGCGCUCAGAAAAUAAAGAGGCGUGCUUCCAAAUCGAAACUAGGAGAAUCGGUACCCAAAUCUGGAGUGACAUUAUCAAGCCAGAACAGGCCUGGAACACCAUCACUGAGCCAUAUGAAGAGUACGAAAUCCAGCACCAAUACCAAGGAAGUUGCAGGUACAACCACGAACGUCACUUCUACGUGAGUAUCGUUUCAGUCAAUGCAAGAGGUAACCUAUGUGAGAAUCUGCCUCCUCUCUUGCUAGUAUCUCGCCAACUCUUUUCCGAGGCGUGGGUGUCCAAUUUCUCGGUCAGACCUGGUUAUCUCAGAUUCAAAGUCAAGAUUCGCAACUUCAGUGUUUUCCCGUUCCUUCGCCUCGCGCAGCUGUUACAGCGUCGAGAUAUUCCAAUUGAUGGCAACAUGGUUCAGAUCCAGCUCGACAACAGAAGGGACGAUGAUAGAUGUUACAAAAAAAACGAAGUUGAAAACAAAGUUGGAGAAGUAGCUGAAAAAGGUUACGAGGUCUGCAGCAGUAACAGAUAUGCGGUCAGAUCUCGACGUCUGUCACGUCUGUUCGAGCUGCACUGGCUUCAAGGAGUACCGCUGUGGAACUGCUUCACCAAUACCAGCUGCGAUAGGUUUGAAAGAGACGACGACAGUAUCACGUUUCGAACUUGGCUCUAUUCUAUCCGUCAAAUCGUUGCCUUGCAUCGCAUCGACACUUCCAAAUGGCGAGACCUGUCCACUCAACUACUACGCCGACAUGAUGAGCUUCACAAAGACGAAUUUCUCUGGCCGCUCUCGGACUCUUCCAUGAUCGAAGCGGUUGUCGGUGUCUUCAACGAGGCGCUGAAGUAUCAAAUCGGUCGCACGGGUUACUAUGCUCAAGGUAGGUAUGGCGAUGCUGUCGCCAAGCAGAAACCACCUGCAGUCCGCGAGUCAAAGGAAGCGCAUUACGAAAGCCGUUAUGCGCCGGAUGACGGGGUCACGACCGAACGAGAGCACGCCAUCGUCCACAAUGUCACCCUCUACCGCGUCAAGAUCAAUGAAGCCAUCAGGCUCGAGCUUGCAGACGUGUAUGAAGAAUGGGAGCUGGGUGAGGACGAGAAGAAGAUCCCAGAGGAUGUUAUCUUCUAA